UCCGCAAAGUCUUUUUUAUUCCUUUUUUUUUCAAUUUUUAUCUGCUCUAGACUAAGAGAGCUCAAACCAGCAGUUAUAAGGUGGAUCUCCUCUUUCCCUUCUUUAUAACUCACAGAAGUACUCCAGCUUCCAUCCUUCAGCUCUAGAGAGAUGGCUUGGUCUUCUGAUCAUCUCAUGGUUUGGCUCAUCUUACUUCUCUCCCAUUACGUUCCACUUGCCUUAGCAGCCGGUAAUAAGUGGCCUGUGGGAGGAUCUACAAGGUUCUACGACUUCAAGGUACAAACGAAGAGGAUCGCCAAGCUUUGCAGGACGAAGGAAAUCGUCACCAUCAAUGGCAUGUACCCGGGUCCGGUGGUGUAUGCCCAGGAGGAUGAUCGGGUCAUCGUCACGGUCACGAACGAGACACCAUACAACACCACCAUUCACUGGCAUGGGAUCCGGCAGAGGCUAACGUGCUGGUCGGAUGGACCAGCAUACAUAACCCAGUGCCCGAUCCAGGCCGGCCAGUCGUUCACCUACGAGUUCACCUUGGUCAACCAGAAGGGCACGCUUUUCUGGCACGCCCACAUCUCCUGGCUCCGUGGCACGGUCCAUGGCGCCAUUGUGAUAUAUCCCAAGACUGGGGUACCCUACCCCUUUCCCAACCCUUAUGAAGAGCAUAUACUAAUUUUGGGGGAGUAUUGGCACAAUAAUUUGGUGAAGCUGGAAAAGAAGAUUCUUGCGAGUGGUGGGGGUGCUCCAGCAUCGGAUGCAUACACCAUCAACGGCUACCCAGGACCACUCUAUAACUGCUCGAAAAAUGAUGUAUACAAGAUUGAUGUAAUCCCUGGCAAGACAUACCUUCUGCGGAUAAUAAACGCAGCCCUGAACAUGGAGCUCUUCUUCUCCAUUGCAAACCACAAGCUCACCAUCGUCGAAGCCGACGGCGAGUACACCAAGCCCUUCACGGUGGAACAGCUCAUGAUCACCCCAGGCCAGACCAUCAACGUCCUGGUGGAAGCCAACCAGCCCAUCGCCAAGUACGACAUGGCCGUAGGCCCUUACAUGUCCGCACGCUUCGUUCAAUUCUCCAACACCUCCGCCAUCGCCCACUUCCGCUACUCCGGUGCCAGCCUCAACUCCUUGGGCCUCCCCGCCCCCCUCCCCGUCUCCAACGACAACCUCGCCGUCAAGAACGGCAUGGAUGGCCUGAAGAGCCUCAACGCCACCAACCUCCCUCUCGAGAUCGACACCAAUCUCUUCUUCACCAUCGGACUCAACGUCGAGACAUGCCAUUCCCCGACUCCUAACAAGAGCUGCCAAGCUCCCAAUGGCGGUAGAUUCGCCGCAUCGAUGAACAACAUCACCUUUGUGAGGCCCAAAAUUUCGUUGCUGCAGGCCUACUACAACAGCUUGCAGGGCCUUUAUACCGAUGACUUUCCUCAGGUGCCAUUGAAGGCUUAUGAUUUUGUUAAUGGCGCACCUAACAACUUUCCGAAUAAUACUCAGUCCUUGAAUGGAACUAGAGUGAGGGUCCUGGAAUAUGGUGCUCGGGUGCAGCUCGUCUUGCAGGACACGGGGAUUGUCUCCACAGAGAACCACCCCAUGCAUUUGCAUGGAUAUAGCUUCUAUGUGGUAGGGUAUGGGACCGGGAACUACGACCCCAUGACGGCGAAGCUCAACCUGGUGGAUCCACCAUAUAUGAACACCAUAGGUGUUCCGGUUGGAGGAUGGGCUGCAAUCCGGUUCCUUGCGGACAAUCCUGGUGUGUGGUUCAUGCAUUGCCAUCUCGAGAUUCAUACAAGUUGGGGUCUAGCUAUGGCAUUCAUUGUGAAGAAUGGUAAGGGUCCAUUGGAGACCCUUUCGCAUCCUCCAGCAGAUUUGCCCAUGUGCUGAGAAACAAGUGAGAAAGCAAAAAAAAAAUUGCUUUUUGUUGCUGGGAUUGGUUGCUGAUUUCGGGGAUCGAUACAAUGGAGCUUCGUUUUGACUUUCUAUUCUUUUGAAGCCACUUAAUUGUAUGUUUGAGUUCUCAGGUAUAAAGAAGAUAGAAUAAAAUAAUCCAAUUAAGCGCCUGUUACGUAGUCUGUCAGGCAAAAUUCCACACAUUUGUAACAUGUGAAGCAUUCAUAAAUAUUAUUUUCUUGUACGUUCCUACCUCCUAGUUUCACUUAAGCAUGCAAUUGAAGCAAACACAUGAUA